UCACAUGCCAUCUUCACCAUCACAUUAGAGCAAAUGCGGAAGUUCAAUCCAGCUUUUCCUAGUGAUAGCAAUCUUAACGACAGUAUGAGUGAAGAAUAUCUAUGUGCCAAAUUGCAUUUAGUGGAUCUUGCAGGAUCUGAGCGAGCCAAAAGAACUGGUUCUGAUGGUCUGCGUUUUAAGGAAGGAGUUCACAUCAACAAGGGCCUUCUAGCGCUCGGUAAUGUUAUCAGUGCACUUGGUGAUGAAAAGAAGCGGAAGGAAGGUGUCCAUGUUCCAUAUCGAGACAGUAAACUUACUUGGCUUUUGCAGGUUCCACACACUUUCUCCUUAAUGAUUUCAUUAUUUUAAUUUUCUUUCUGACUU